CCCCAUCCCAUUCCUAAUCUAGCCAGGGUAAUAUUUCGCAAAACUGCCCGGCCUCCCGCCCGAACGAGGUGUUCGUGCGCCCCCUCGCAGCCCCAAAAAAGAUCAACCACACUGUCCCCUUUUUGCCUUUUUCUCUCACUCGAAAACCUCAACCAUUGCUCCAGCUUGGCUUCCUGGCGACAUCGCGGCGGAAACGGGAAUCGGCCGCUCUACUCAGAGACCCCACCGAUUUCACGAUUGCGGCUGUUUGUGCAUGUCUGCGCCCAGUCUCCACUUGUCUCUCCGAUAGUCAUUUCGUUCAGCCCUGCCUUGGCUGUUUUACUGGUCGGCACCACACCCCCUUGGAGCUUGCAUUAUUCCACACCGCAGCCAAAGCCAGCGACCUCCCAAACCUCUCAUUACCUCUGCCUCGUUCAGCCAUUUCCAUCGCCCGUAAACCCGCAUCCCGUUCUCGCUGAUCCCGACUCGAUUGAUCCGCCCAAUCCUCCAAGAUGGACUCCGGCCGACCGAACGAGGUGUCGCCCGAGGCGAUGCAGGCACGCAUCCAGCAAGCGCGUCGCGAGGCUGAGACACUCAAGGACAAGAUCAAGCGGAAGAAGGAGGAGCUCGCCGACACCACGCUAACCGAGGUCGCCAUCAAAUCGCACGAGCUCAUCCCCAAGAACCAGCUGAUGAGGCCGAAGAGGACGCUGAAGGGUCAUCUCGCCAAGAUAUAUGCCAUGCACUGGUCGACCGACCGGAGGCAUUUAGUGUCCGCCUCGCAAGACGGCAAGCUCAUCAUCUGGGAUGCCUACACAACCAACAAGGUCCACGCCAUUCCACUCCGGUCAUCGUGGGUCAUGACCUGUGCCUACGCCCCGAGCGGGAACUACGUUGCAUGCGGCGGUCUCGACAACAUCUGCUCCAUCUACAACCUUAACCAGAAUCGCGAUGGGCCUACCCGUGUCGCCCGCGAGCUCUCGGGCCAUGCAGGAUAUCUGUCGUGCUGCCGCUUCAUCAACGACCGCAGCAUCCUCACCUCGUCGGGCGACAUGACAUGUAUGAAGUGGGAUAUCGAGACAGGAACCAAGGUUAUCGAGUUUGCCGACCAUUUGGGCGACGUCAUGAGCAUCAGCUUGAACCCUACGAACCAGAACACCUUCAUCUCGGGCGCCUGCGAUGCCUUCGCCAAGCUGUGGGAUAUCCGCGCCGGCAAGGCGGUCCAGACGUUUGCUGGCCACGAGUCCGACAUCAAUGCUAUCCAGUUCUUCCCCGACGGCCACUCCUUCGUUACUGGAUCCGAUGAUGCUACAUGCCGGCUAUUCGACAUCCGCGCGGAUCGGGAACUAAACUUCUACGGAUCGCAAUCUAUCCUCUGCGGUAUCACCUCCGUUGCUACCUCUGUGUCAGGCAGACUUCUCUUUGCUGGCUACGACGACUUUGAGUGCAAGGUCUGGGACGUUACGCGCGGCGAGAAGGUCGGAUCCCUCGUGGGCCACGAAAAUCGCGUCAGCUGCUUGGGAGUCUCAAAUGACGGCAUAAGUUUGUGCACUGGCUCUUGGGAUUCAGUGCUCAAAAUCUGGGCCUAUUAAGUGUCUAUUUGAUGCCGACAUCACUAUCCAUAUCUGGAUACCGAAAUUACCUCGCCGCUAUGGAAAUACUACAGAGUGCCCUUUUUUGGUUCUAAUUCAACCUGAUAACGCCUUUUAAUCUUUGGACAGGCGUAGACAGGACGAAGUCACGACAUCCUUUUUCUCUAACCUGGCCUUUUUGCGGUGUGCGGCAUCCUGGUC